CAGAAAUUGUUAUCGAUUGCGCGCCAUCACCGCGCGAAGGCAAGCGAAUAUUUUAUUAGGUGCUUUUUGCCAAGAACGACCAGGUCGGGGAUUCAAGCAGGGGAAAGGAACAUCAGAUAUUGAAGUAGAAACAUCGAAAACAACACCUGAAGAUUGUUGUUGGAAACAGAAAAGGAGAAACCGGAAUUGAGGGCGUACUGUUUGAAAUGGUUAAUUUUCAGUCAUGGAGAACUAGACGAUUUCUGGGAAUAUUGGUAACAUUGGCUCUAGUCCUUCCCGAGCUGGUCGUAUGUAAGGAGAUAGAAGUGCUUACUAACUCCUGGUUAGUGGAGCUUGAGGCCCCCGGAGGAGCAAGGGUCGCCAGAGAUGUAGCAAAGAGAACAGGAUUUACCUAUGUGUCUCCGGUCCUCAACUCACAAACACAGUUCCAUCUCAUCAACAAGGGCGUGCACCAUGCCAGAUCAAGGAGAAGCGUACCACAUACUAGACUUUUAAAGGCCCAUCCCAAUGUAAAAAGCGCCGUUCAACUCACCGGAUAUUUACGUCAGAAAAGGGGUUAUAAACCUUUAGAUGCUAUACUAACGGAUUUUAGGCUACAAAAGCCCAAAAUAGUAAAUUACCCAGCUUUUGAAAGGAAAGAGCCAAAGUUACCCACAGAUCCAGAUUUUGACAAAGAAUGGUAUUUGAGGAACACGGGACAAAGCGGCGGAGUGGCCGGCCUGGACCUGAACGUGGUGGAGGCAUGGGAGAUGGGAUACACCGGCACAGGGGUCACCACCGCUAUAAUGGAUGAUGGUAUCGACUAUCUGCACCCCGACCUGCGCCACAACUACAACGCCGAAGCCAGUUAUGAUUUUAGCAGUAACGACCCAUACCCAUACCCACGCUACACAGAUACGUGGUUCAACAGUCACGGGACUCGAUGUGCUGGCGAAGUAUCCGCCGCCAGGGACAACGGAGUUUGCGGAGUGGGCGUGGCUUACGGGUCAAAGGUUGCAGGUCUGAGAAUGCUGGACCAGCCCUUUAUGACCGACCUGAUAGAGGCCAACGCUAUGGGCCAUAUGCCUAACCUCAUUGACAUCUACAGCGCCAGCUGGGGACCCACAGACGACGGCAAGACGGUGGAUGGCCCAAGGAACCUCACCAUGAGGGCCAUCGUCAAUGGCGUCAAUAACGGUCGUGAGGGAAAAGGCAACAUCUACGUCUGGGCUUCUGGUGACGGCGGUCCCAAUGACGACUGCAACUGUGAUGGAUACGCCGCCAGCAUGUGGACCAUAUCCAUCAACUCCGCCACCAACGAUGGCCAGACUGCCGGCUACGACGAGAGCUGCUCCUCCACUCUCGCCUCCACCUUCAGCAACGGCAAGGCAACGUCCCGAGAUGCUGGAGUGGCCACCACCGACCUGUACGGCAACUGCACCGCCAGCCAUUCCGGGACGUCUGCAGCUGCCCCCGAGGCUGCUGGAGUUUUCGCUCUAGCCCUUGAAGCUAAUCAGAAUCUGACGUGGCGGGACAUUCAACAUCUGACUGUGCUCACCUCCAAGCGGAACUCCCUCUACGAUUCAAAUGGAGUCCACGAAUGGAAGUACAACGGCGCCGGACUGGAGUUCAACCACUUGUUCGGCUACGGCGUGCUUGACGCCGCCGCCAUGGUGGAUCUCGCUCGCACCUGGAAGGGGCUCCCUGAACGCUUCCACUGCACCGCCGGCUCCCACAGCUCCGAGAAGUAUUUCGAUAUGAACAAGCCCAUCCGCAUCACCAUUGACACCGACGGUUGUGCCGGAAGUGACAGCGAAGUCAACUACUUGGAGCAUGUGCAGUCGUUCGUCACUUUGCGAGCAACGUUCCGAGGAACUGUCACUAUCUACCUCACCUCUCCCAUGAACACCACAUCGAUGAUCUUGAGCCAGCGACCCAACGACGAUGACAGCAAGAACGGAUUCACUCGCUGGCCCUUCAUGACAACCCACACCUGGGCCGAGAUGCCCCAUGGCCGCUGGACCCUCGAUGUUAUCCUGGAACCAAUCAUCGGCUUGAAGAACAACCACGAGGAUGGAGUCUUCAAGGAAUGGACACUGGUCCUGCACGGAUCCAAGGAACAGCCCUACAGGGACCAGCCUGUCAACAAGGCCAAACAUCAGAAGCUGUACAAGGUCAAGAGACAGCAUGCUAGUGGCAUUGCUUUCCGGAAGUAAACGCAGAGUUACCCCCCAUUGUAUUGGACAUCAUGGCUGACAGCAAUCUUGCUUUGAUGUUUACCGUCACAGCCAAUGUCUUGAUGCUAAGGGCAGGUACUGCGUUUCGGAAGCCUUACAGCAAGGAAAUAAAAUAUUAUCGAAUUACAAAAUUUGUUCAAUUUUUAUUAAAAGUAAUAUCGUAUGUUGAACAAUCCUUCAAAUUUGGGUGAUUAAUUGUCAAAAUUGUUGAAAUGGUAUACUUGAAAAAUUUGAUAUUUAUGAUACCGUUUUAAGAGACCAUACGGAAGUGUCAACGAAGAGAAUUAUCUAAAGUGGCAGUCUUUUUUCAAAAACGUUCUGAAAUACGAAUGCAAUGGUGAUUAAAAAAUAUAUUUUGCCAUUCCUUAAAGGAAUCUUAUCUCUAAUUUCUCAUAUUGAUGGAAAUUCAUCAAUCAACAUCUUUCACCAUUUCCAUUUUUGUUUAUUUUUCGGGAGAACUAUACAAAUAUACUAUUUUUGUUAGAAACUGGAUGUAAUAAUUCCUGAUAAAAGCUCUGACUCGGUUUCUGCAAUUGUUAUCGUUAUAAUUUUAUCACAUGUGAUAACUUCAGUGUAAUACCGUAUCUUUUGUUUAUGACUAUUGCACUGAAAUGUACAAACAAUAUAUAACAUAUUAUUACAUUAUUUUCCUGUUACAGAAUCAAAUUUCACACAAUAUUAUGCAGCCAUUCAUACCGCAAGGAGAUACUAUGUCAUGGUCGUCAACUCCGGUUCUUUCCGCGGCCUACGAACAAAUCUGAAAUACACUAUUCACCACUACUCGUCUGUUUCCGUUCAUUGCAUUCCGGAAAGUCACAAGUGAUACGAUGGUAACGAAAACGUCCGAAUGCGGCGAAAAGAACCGAAAGUGCACGAACGAAAAUUGAAAGGGAGGAAUGAGAGAGAGUGUGCAUAUCGAAAUUAUUUACACAAAGUAUUAUUUUUAAAACAAAACUGCACACUGUAAACAUUUGGCAGAGUGUGGAGUUUACGACGGUGUCACUGUGUUGCGCGUUGCACACUCACUGUUGAGGCAAUAAGCUGCGAGGCUAGCUAUUUAUGUUGUUUUUAGCUCACCUGGCUGUGUUCUAUAAAUAGUCAUUGUAUGUCGCGGUGUUAUAUUGUGAACUAACUUGCACAUCGUGGUGUCCUCCGAAUAUACAUUCAUUCCGAAACACUGCCUAGAUACAUAUUUUACUAUUUUAGGCUAUUAUCCUCUGAAACUUUACCGCAUUGAUUAUAAACUAUUUGCCAUCCACGUCAGGUAUAUAUAUUUAUGUUUUCUAAGGUAUUUUGUCGUGACCCAAGCGCUUGAAUUAGUUCCAGUAGUGUAUUAGUUCAGCUUACCUGUCCCACCCUGUCCCACCCUGCCCCACCCCCUCUACCCGCCCCACCCUUCUCUACCCUUACCCCCUGACUGCUGAUAAUAGCACACGAGGUGCUUUUUUUCUCUGCUUACAUUACCCACACAUAGCCCUGUGUUCAUAGACUCUCCUGUGUCAAAGUCCUCCUCUACGGCAUUUUCUGUGCUAAAUAUUUGCGAAGCUAGCGCACCACUUUUCCUGGUAUAUUUUACACGAAUUGCGAUACGCUAAACGCUCAUUUGACUUUCGUGAACACAUCUACCGCUUCUAUGUACAAUCACCAUGCCCGGAAAUGUUAUUUAGCAGAUAGCUGCUAACGUAUUGGUAUCGUAAGGUUGAUGUGCCCAAGAACAUACUUGGUCCCUUUGCACAGCUAGUUGUGCUCGACUUGUCACCAAGUUGUUCCCUGCACAACAGGAUGUGCUCAUUGACAACUUUGUUGUGCAAUGAGCUCGGCUUGUUGUUCAAGUUGUUUAACUUGUCAUAUGCUGCGCCUGUCCAUCUUCUGAAUCUAAAAAGAUCUCAUCAGAUAUGCUUUUUAUGUGGCUGGUCCUAAAUCAGGUCUUUUUGUUUCGAAAUUAUGUAUCCUGCUUAACAUUCAGUUUCAGACAAUGCCGACAGUCACGUCGCUAUAGAUCCACCUCCUUAUGCUGAAAUGUGUCCCCCCAGACCACACUCAUUAGACGAUUAACAUCAAUGUCUCGCUUAAAACAUCAGUUAUCACUUAAGCUGUAUAUUUGUAACUUUCUGUGAUGUAAAAAACUGUUGAGUGAAAUAAAAGCGUUUGGCAAACGCAA